AUGUACAAGGACCAGGCGGGGUAUGCGGCAGCCGCCAGCCCCAACCCAGGCGCCGCCAACGGCCCCACGGCUGCGGCCAGUGAGGACGGCGGCAGCGGCGGCGGGGUGGCGCACGAGCGGUGGCGCAAGCGAUGCCCCGCGGGCUGCGCAGCAAAUGGCAACUGCAACCACGAGGAGGGCAGGUGCGAAUGCCCCUGGGGUUACGCAGGGCCGGCCUGCACCCGGAAGCUUCUGCCCGCCUGCGCCCUCGGCCCAAACGCGAUCGCGGUGCAGUGCGGCGAGCUGCUGCCGCGCGCGUGCGAGUGCCUGCGGCAGUGCCACCGGCUCUUUUGCCCCGGCGGCGAGUGCGAGGCGCACAGAGACACGCGCGCGCCCAAGUGCUUCGAGGUGGCGGCGCCGGAGGGCAGCGGCGGGCCGUUCCUCACUGAUGGGGUGUUUUCAGACGUGCCCGCAAACGACAGCCUGGCGGGCCGCCCUGUGGUCUGGUUCCGAGGGAUCGGCCUGGAAGGCGGGGAGGCGCGGGAGAGGAUCUCGCGGGCGGAAGCCCUGCAGCUGGAGGGCGGCGUGACGGCGCUGCCCCUGAGCGGCUGCCCCGGUGCCUGCGGCCAGCGCGGCCAGUGCGUCGCCCGCGGCGGCGAGGCCCGCUGCGCCUGCUGGCGCGGGUACGACGGCCGGGAGUGCGAGUACGUUCACGAGGGCUUCUGCCUCAACGGCUGCGGCGGGCGCGGCGAAUGCGUCGGCGGCUUCUGCCGCUGCCGCCCCGGCUACUGGGGUGCGGACUGCUCUCGCUCCCGCGUGUUCUCGCCAAACUUUACGCGCCCCGCGGCCGCGGGGCUCCGACUGUACGUGUACGAACUUCCCACCAACGUGGCGUUCGAUUUCGAGUCUGCCGCCGCGUUUGAAUUCGACGCGGGCUUCGCGUGGCACCACCCCAACUACAUCGCUUACAAGCAUUUCAAAUCGAUGUUGAUGAAGGAUUGGGCGGUCAGGACUGAGAACCCAUUUGAGGCCAACCUGUUUUUCGUGCCUGCUGAGUCGUACUCCUACUCGUCAAACACGGGUGACGUGCUGACUCACCUGCAGCGGGUGAUGUCAUACGUCAGAGACGCACAUCCGUGGUUCAACGUCACCGGGGGCCGCGACCAUGUCUUGUGGCUCCCAAAUGACAAGGGCGCCUGCUUGGUCCCCCCCUCAGACCCCCUCCUCGGACCCCCCAUCAAGAUCACCCACUUCGGAAUGCUCCCGCUAACCUCGGACGGCGCUGAUUACGACCCCGGCGCCGCCGCCGCCGCGGGCCGUGGUGGCGGCGAGCUGCGCGCCGCGCAAGACGCGGAGCGGCGGGCGUGCCAUAGGCCGAGCCGUGACAUCGUGGCGGCGCCGUUCUUCGACCGACAAGAGGCGCUGGUCAAUCGCAGCUUCCCGGCAGCUGCCGGGGCGGCGGGCGCGGCGGUGGACAAGAACGGCAGCCUGCUUUUCUUUGCCGGAGACGUGAGACAGGCCGACAGGUCGUAUUCCGGAGGGGCUCGGCAGAUCGUCGACACUGCCACCAGCAACACGCCUGAUUGA